CUGAUAAUGGAGUAGAUUUUCUGCAGUGGCUGUGAUUUGGGGUCGAGGUCACAGGAUUUACAGUGGUUGCUUGUUCCUAGAGAAAGUGCUUUUUCACUUUGUGUUUUGAGAGUCAGGUUUGGGGCCCCCGACAGUGGGAGAUGCAGCCUGCCCACCUGUCCACCUCAUGGUUGGUGCACUGACUGGCCUCUGCCCGGCAGGUGGAUUUCUACAGUGGGACAUCUUGAGCAUUAAGGGCAGGAAGGUCCAGAGAAGGAACACAGAAAGUUACCCAAACAGCCCUGAGAUGAUGCAGAGGAUGGGGGCUCGGCAGUUUGCCGGGCGUGCGGCUCUCAUGGCUGCAGCCGGUGUGACCCCUCCCGGCUCCCUGGACUUGCUGCAGCCCGGCUUCUCCAAGGCCCUUCUGGGGGCCACGCUGGAGGACAAGUACCUGUGCUCAGCCUGCAAGAACGUCCUGCGCAGGCCCUUCCAGGCCCAGUGUGGCCACCGCUAUUGCUCCUGCUGCCUGGCCAGCAUCCUGAGCUCCGGGCCCCAGAACUGUGCUGCCUGUGUGCACGAGGGCAUAUACGAGGAAGGUGUCUCUAUUUUAGAGAGCAGUUCGGCUUUCCCGGACAACGCUGCCCGCAGGGAGGUGGAGAGCCUGCCGGCCGCCUGUCCCAGCGAGGGCUGUAGCUGGAAGGGGACCCUUAAAGAGUAUGAGAGCUGUCACGAGGGACACUGCCCGUUCAUGCUGACGGAGUGCCCAGCCUGUAAAGGCCUGGUCCGCCUUGGGCAGAAGGAGCAGCAUUCGGAGCAGGAGUGCCCUGAGAGGAGCCUCAGCUGCAGGCACUGCCGGGCGCCCUGCUGCUGGGCCGACCUGAAGGCACACCACGAAGUUUGCCCCAAGUUCCCCUUGACUUGCAACGGCUGUGGCAAGAAGAAGAUCUCACGUGAGAAAUUUCAGGACCAUGUCAGGACCUGUGGCAAAUGCCGGGCCCCGUGCAGAUUCCACGCCGUCGGCUGCCCAGAGCUGGUGGAGAGUGAGAAGCGGCAGGAGCACGAGGCACAGCGGCUCCGGGAGCACCUGGCCAUGCUGCUGGGCGCUGUCCUGGAAGCGGAGCACCUCCCGGGAGGCAGCGGCCCUCUCGGCCAGAGCAAGGGGCCCUGGGAGGCUGGCAGGCCGGGCCCUGGGGUGGAGCUCUCCAAGGCCGAGGAGCUCCUGCAGAGGUGCGAGGCCUUGGAGAGGAAGACGGCCACCUUUGAGAACAUCGUCUGCGUGCUGAACCGGGAGGUAGAGCGGGUGGCCAUGACCACUGAGGCCUGUGGCCGACAGCACCGGCUGGACCAAGACAGGAUUGAGACCCUCAGUAACCAGGUGCAGCAGCUGGAGCGGAGCAUCGGCCUCAAGGACCUGGCCAUGGCCGACCUGGAGCAGAAGGUCCAUGACAUGGAGGCGGCCACCUUCGACGGCGUGUUCAUCUGGAAGAUCUCGGACUUUGCCCGGAAGCGCCAGGAAGCAGUGGCCGGCCGCACUCCCGCCAUCUUCUCCCCAGCCUUCUACACGAGCAGGUACGGCUACAAGAUGUGUCUGCGCGUCUACCUGAAUGGAGACGGCACGGGGCGCGGCACGCACCUGUCGCUCUUCUUCGUGGUGAUGAAGGGCCCCAAUGACGCCCUCCUGCGGUGGCCUUUCAACCAGAAGGUGACCUUAAUGCUACUGGACCAGAACAACCGGGAGCAUGUGAUCGACGCCUUCAGGCCUGACGUGAGCUCGUCCUCUUUCCAGAGGCCAGUCAGUGACAUGAACAUCGCGAGCGGCUGCCCCCUCUUCUGCCCUGUCUCCAAGAUGGAGGCCAAGACUUCGUACGUGCGUGACGAUGCCAUCUUCAUCAAGGCCAUUGUGGACCUGACGGGGCUCUAGCCAUCCCCCACCAGGGCCAGGGCAGGGCAGCUGGUCCGGGGCUCAGUGAGGUGCUGGUGCGCCAACCUGAACCUUGCUGUGGCUUGGUGGGCGCCUGCCGAGUCCGAGUUCCCCUGGGAAGGGGCUGCCUCCUGGUGUAGGCACUCAGCUGCCGGCUGUGCAGGAACCAAGGCCUGCCAGGGCCUCCCUGGGCAGGGUUCAGUGUGCAGCUGCAGAGGAUUGGCCAGAGUGAGGCAAGCAGGGCGGAUGGCCUUCAGGGAGGCCCCUGCCUCGGGCCCUGGAGAGAAGGGGCAUCAUGGGGCUCUGCUGCUGCUCUGAGGGGGGGGUCCUGGGCUCCAGCCUGGCCAGGCCAGGGGCGAGGAGGGCGCUCUGUGUCCUUGGAGCAUCCCGUGUGCCGCCCCCGGAGAAUGUGGGGGGCACACUCAGCCCUGCCGUGAGGCGUGUCAGCUGCCGUGGAGAAGUUGCUAUUAAACUGUUCGUUCAGUCUCUGUGGUGAGAGGUGUCCAUUUGGCUUUGGCCUUGUGGCAACCCUCAGAGGGUCCUCCCGGCUCCCUGCCCUCCGCUGCCCUCCCCAUGGCACCCUGCCCCUCCCUGUGUCCCCAGCAGCUUGAGGGCCUCUGCUUCCUUAGGACUCUGAGCUCUGGGGCCCUCAGUGAGGCUGGCCGGGCCUUCUUGAAGCUUCCUGGAGAGCAGGGCCACAUGUGCCUCUGAUUCAGGUGUGCCCCACCCCACUGCAGCGGAACCCAGCCCCAGAAGGGUGGCCAGUGGCUUUGUUUGCGUUUGGGGACUUGACGAGAGCAUUCCCCCCAGAACCAGGACUUGUCUGGGUACCAGGCAUUUCCUCCAUAACUGGCAGCCAUGGCACCCUGACUACAGGAGGAAACCUCAGUGUGACCCGGGUUGGGCCUCAGCCCUGUGGGUUGGGCAGACUCAACACGGAGUUCUGGCUGGCUGUCCCCCAGUGUGCUGGGGGCUGCUCGUGUGUUCUCAGGACUGGCUGGUCUUGGGGCUCCGUGACACACUUGGCUUCCCCUUGACACAGUCGCUCCUCUGUUUUGAGAGGCCGAGACCAUAGGAAGAGGGCAGUGGGGCGAGCGCCAGGGUGCGUGGCAUGUCUGAGCCAGGCCCUCAGUUUCAGUGAGCAGAGGCCUUUUGCAGGGAAGCUGAUGCCCUUUGGUUCCCGCCCCUCCCAGUCCCCAGGAAUGGGUCCUUCCCUGCUUCAUUUCUGCGUCCACAAGCAAGAAGGCUGCAUUUCCUUCAGUGGGGCUCACUCCGUGUUCCUGCAGAGGGCUGGUUCUCUGCCUGCUGGCGUACACCGUGGCAGGUUUGACUGCCAGGCUGUGCCCUGGGGCUGCACCCCUCACUGCCUGCACCCUCCAAGGUCCCCAGCCCAGAUGCCCACAUCGCUCUGCUGACCUGGAAGUAGAGCCCUGGGUGCCUCCUGUCCCAUCCUGUCCUGUCCCGCCAUGGCUUCGGGCUUCCUGGUGCGGGCUGGCCGCUGUGUAGGAGACAGCCCCUGGGCUCCGGGUCAGCUUCCUGCCCCAGAAUCUCGGGAGGCUUGCCCACCUGUCUGUCCAUGUCUCUGCUGGAUGGUGGUCUUGUUUUCCUGCUGGUUGGAAAGCGUUCCCCAUUUUCUUGGUCCUUGGUUGUGGCUUUGACCUGUUUGUGAAGCUGUUCAGAAAUGGAAAGUUCGAUGUGGUCAGUCAGAUAAUAUUUCCCUUUAUCAGCAAUGCUGUUGCCACUCAAGAAAUCCUAACCUUCCCCACGGUUGAAAAAUACUUCCAUUUUUCUUCAGACUGUUCUAAAAUUUAGUUUUUAACGUG